AGUGUUAUUCAAAGUUCUCAACAACUUCAGCACGCUGGAUACUUUAGGGUUUAAAUAUUUCCAUCAACGGAAAAUGGGCACAGCCGGCGAUCGUCUGCUGGAUAUACCCUGCAAGGUGUGCGGGGAUCGCAGCUCAGGCAAACAUUAUGGCAUCUAUAGCUGCGAUGGUUGCUCUGGCUUCUUCAAGCGCAGCAUUCAUCGCAAUCGCAUUUACACCUGCAAGGCGACCGGUGAUCUGAAGGGUCGAUGUCCUGUGGACAAGACUCACAGGAAUCAAUGUCGUGCCUGUCGUCUUGCCAAAUGCUUUCAAUCGGCCAUGAAUAAAGACGCUGUGCAGCACGAGCGUGGUCCUCGGAAGCCAAAACUGCAUCCGCAGUUGCAUCACCAUCACCAUCAUGCGGCUGCCGCAGCUGCAGCUCACCAUGCAGCCGCUGCCCAUGCUCAUGCCCACCAUCAUCAUCAUCACCAUCACGCACAUGCUGCAGCAGCUCAUCAUGCAGCUGCGGCGGCAGCAGCUGCAGCUGGACUGCAUCAUCACCAUGGCGGUCACUUGCCCGUCUCGUUGGUGACCAAUGUGUCGGCCUCAUUCAACUACACGCAACACAUCUCGACACAUGCACCGCCUGGUGGAUUUCAUUUGGCUGCUGGCGCUCCACCCAAUGCGCUGCCUCAUCAGACGCAGGCACAGGCUCAGACCCAGGUGCAAGUGCAGUCACAGACGACACAUCCUGGCCAGCAGACGGCGUCGCAUGCAACGGCAUUUCAUCAUCCUGGCCAUGGUCAUGUAUUAGCGCCACAUGCAGCGCUGCAGAAUGGCGGUGGCGGUGGCAAUGGGCAUGUGAGUGGAGCUGCUGGUGCCUCAACGGUGGCCAUGACCUUUCCACCUCAUUUGCUGCAUCACAAUCUGAUUGCCGAGGCGGCCAGCAAGUUGCCGGGCAUCACGGCGGCAACGGCCACGGCGGUGGCUGCUGUCGUCUCAACGGGACCUUAUGCACAGGCCACGCCCACAGCGCAGAACAACUACUCCUCGCCCUCGCCCAGCAAUUCGAUUCAAUCGAUAUCGAGCAUUGGCUCAAGAAGCGCUGGCGGUCGAGGUGGCGACGUCGACGGUGACGGCGACGGAGGUCUUAGCCUGGGCAGCGAGAGUCCUCGCGUGAAUGUCGAGACGGAGACGCCUUCGCCAUCGGCCUCGCCUCCGCUAAGUGCUGGCAGCGUGUCGCCAGCUCCCACGUUGACCGACUCCCAGAGUCUGGCGGCUUCGAGUACCUCGCCGCAUCCGCCGCAGAACUCGAACUAUUGCAUCAGCGAAGCCUCGCAUCAGACCAUCAACAAUGCCACAACGCCGCCCAGCAAUGCGGCACUCCUCAUGCACAGCAUUCACGUUAACAACAACAACAACAAUAACAAUCACAAUAACAACAACAAUAAUAAUAAUAACAAUAAUAACAACAACAACAGUGACAACAAUAAUAAACAACACAGCUACACAUCGGGCUCUCCAACGCCCACAACUCCAACUCCGCCUCCUCCGCCAGCGCUGCCCGCCCCUCGUGCUAGCAGCGGCUGCCACGCCUCCAAUGGCUUCCUCGAGCUGCUGCUGAGUCCCGACAAGUGCCAGGAGCUCAUCCAGUACCAGGUGCAGCACAACGCGCUCCUCUUCCCCCCUCCGCUGCCCCAGCAGCUGCUCGACUCGCGCCUCCUCUCCUGGGAGAUGCUCCAGGAGACGACGGCGCGUCUGCUCUUCAUGGCCGUGCGCUGGGUCAAGUGUCUGAUGCCCUUCCAGACACUCUCCAAGAACGAUCAGCAUCUGCUGCUUCAGGAGUCUUGGAAGGAGCUGUUUCUGCUGAACCUUGCCCAAUGGACAAUACCCUUAGAUCUGACACCGAUACUCGAGUCGCCGCUGAUCAAGGAGCGCGUGCUGCAGGACGAGGCGACGCAGACGGAGAUGAAGACGAUCCAGGAGAUCCUCUGCCGCUUCCGACAGAUCACGCCCGAUGGCAGCGAAGUGGGCUGCAUGAAGGCGAUUGCCUUGUUUGCUCCAGAGACAGCUGGACUGUGCGAUGUGCAGCCGGUGGAGAUGCUGCAGGAUCAGGCGCAGUGCAUACUCUCGGAUCAUGUGAGGCUUCGCUACUCCCGCCAGGCGACACGCUUUGGCCGUCUUCUUCUGUUGCUUCCCUCUCUGCGGACGAUACGAGCGUCGACCAUCGAGGCGCUCUUCUUCAAGGAGACCAUCGGGAAUGUGCCCAUUGCUCGUCUGCUGCGCGAUAUGUACACCAUGGAGCCCGCCCAGGUGGACAAGUAGAGCGAAGAAGGAGGAAGGAAAGGAUGCAGUUGGGCAUCCAAUGUAAUCAAAAUCGAUUCGCGUUGCAUUUAAGCGGCAACAAUUUUUGUCACUUGCAAAAAUAUUUUUGCUCCAACUAAAAAUGAAAAACGAAGCAGAAUGGGAAGCAGAAAAAUAGGAACGAAAUGAAAAUGAAAAAUAAAAAUUGCUAACUCGACUCGACAACUGCAGCUGCGACAGUUCACAGCGUACAAAGUUCAUGUAAUAGAUACAUUGCCACGCCCCCAAGCCCAGGCCAGCCCAGCCCCGCUGGCUGCUUUCACGUUGAUUUAUAGCUCUGUUCGCGAUUUCUUU